AUGGAAUCAAAUGGAACGCGCAAAGGGCCGCUGCCUGGAGGUCGCCAGGGCGCGUCUGGAGCUGGCGCUGGACGCGACAGCAUGCGAACCGCCAGCCGAGCGCGAGGUGCUGCACGACCACCCAGCAGCUCCUCGCAUCCAUCAUCCCCACCAGCUGGCUUGGUGUCGGCAGGGUCUUCGCGGGCUCAGCAAUCGGCACCCGCCACUGGUGGAGUACGCCGCAUGCGUUGGACAACCCAGAUGAACAGCAACGCAUUGCGGGCGUAUUUUAGGGCGAAAGGGGGAGAAACUGGAGGUUUUGCGUAUCGGGCAAGGAUGCAUCGACUUUUUGCUGAGCUGGAGCCAUCUGUAACCGUCACCGAGCAAAACCUGGCAGACCGAGUUCGGUAUAUCUUGCGCUCAAAUACAUUUGAUGUCACCGAACUCGAACGGCUACGACGUGAGGCUGUUCCUUCAUCGGGUGAAAAUGCUGCGGCUGAGGAUGCGGCGCCACAACUUGCUGAGCAAACGGGAAAUGUGGAUGCCGCCGUGAAUACGCCAGUUGUGGUUGAUUCAAACGAUGAUGGAACAGUCGCCCAGGAACUGGAACUAGAGCAAAUGAGGAGUACAUUGGAAGAGGCGAUUGUGGAAACGCGCAGUACGACUCUCGAAAAUCGACCGCGACUUCCCCGCUUAGCCCUAAGCAAGCGGAAUCGGGCUGUCGUGAGGGCUGUGAACCCAAUGCUGGUUACCUAUUUGGAAGCCAGCCGGGACCUUUGCGAUACGGACUCAAUUCUUUUUGGCGCUGCACUGGCAGUCUGCCGUAUUAUAGGUGCCAAACUUUCCACGGCUGGACGCGCUACUGGACAAAGUAGUGCUAUCCCAGCCUGGAGAAUAAGAAUUGAAGAACGUAUCGCAAAGGCUAGGGCCCUCAUCGGCAGACUGAUAUGCUUCAGGUCAGGCAAUACCAGACCAAGGAUUGUGCGCACCGUCAGGAUGGCGUUUGCUGGGACAAAUGUUAGAUUGUCCCAGCCGGAUAUAAUGCAAAAACUGACGGAGCGCAUAGACGACCUGAAGCAAAGAAUAGCUGCUUGGGGAAAGUGGAUUCGGCGAUAUACCGAGAGGUCGACACGGUUCAACCAGAAUCGUCUCUUCCAGAGUGAUCAGAAGAGGCUCUAUAAAUCAUUGGAGCGACCAAUAGUAAGUGGAACGGGCCCUGCACCAAAUCAGGCCGACAUGGUCGCAUUCUGGCGCAGCCUGUGGUCAGAGCCCGUAAACCACAACGAGGGCCCUUGGACGGAAGUUGUGGCGAGUCAGUGUGCGAGUAUUACGCCCAUGGACCCCGUCAUCAUAACGCCGGAUGACGUAGCUGAGGCGGUCCGUAGGGCCCCGAACUGGAAAAGUCCGGGGCUUGACGGGCUGCAUCACUACUGGCUGAAGGGGUUCAUGUUGACGGUCACUAAUAACAAUGUAAAUAUUGCAAAAAAAAAAAUGUAA